AUGAAACACACACGGCAUACCAAGGCCGACAAGCUGCAGCCAUAUAAAGACCGCUUCGCGGGUCUUUUAUGGGACUGCAAGGAAAUCAUCCUACGGCAUUUAACUCGCCACGACCUAGCUCAGUGCGAGCAAGUUAAUAAAGCAUGGCAGAGUCUCGUCCACGAGUGGAUGAUUGCUCCAAAUGGAUACUGCAUGCUCUUCCCAGAGAGCUGGAGACUGGAAAUGCAAGCCGGUGGCAACGAUGAUGAGAAAGUGAGAAGGGUUAAGGACGUCGGUGUACGCUACACUCGGUACACGAAGCUCAGGUCCGGCAGGGCAUCCAGUGGUCGUGUUAUUGGGACUGAGAUUGAUAUACGCGAAUGGUCUCGUGCUGGUGUGGAGGGAGACUUUGCGGCCUGGCUUGGUACUGACGGGAUAUUCACGCAGCGGCUUGGUUUCCAGCCUGAUGGGUCGCUAUAUCCCAUUCGCAAGCUUUACAACCCUUGUAGUGAGGCUGAUGAGUGUAACCUGCGCCUAAGUCGGUGUGGGUCUGUACUGCUUUGCGGCUCCAUUGUGCCUUCUCCUGAUAUAACUGACCUAACACUGGUAUAUGGCUGUUGGGAUAGAAUCCCAUCAGAAUCGGACCACUGCGCCAGGGAUCAAGUUUACGCCAUUUCUACCGAGACAGGCUGGUAUCUUUGGAAGCGAGAAGCUCCUAUAUGCACAGAGCUUAUUAUAGGGGUUGGUGAAACCAGGGUUUACUCUCUGCGCCGGGAGCCAGGGUGUGAGCCUUUGAAAUUCCUUGUAACCCAGGAUCUGUACUCUGGGGCGGUUCUUAACACGGUAAGUAUUGAGAAUGAUGCACUCGGAUGUGCUCUUGCUGGCAUAUGCUGCGUCCGCCAGCUUAAUGGCAAAGAUGUACUGGUCACCUUCAACGCUCAGUAUCAGCCGCGCCAACCUCCCGACACCCUUCCAUACCCGAUAAUGUUGACAAGCGGCCAUAUUCAAAUUAUUAGACCCGAAUACGGUACAAUAAUACAGACCAUCGAAGCUAAUAGGUGCAAUUCAGCCAAUCCGGAUAUGCGAAUAAUGCCGUCUCCUAUGAACGCAGAAGACUUUGCUUUUGUCUGCCGGGGCCCAGAGCGCGAGGGCUGCCAUGGGUAUAAAGUGUACAAGCUCUCCCCACACGCCACAGGCGGGAGCAGGGGCAGAAAAAAGGGGAAGAAGUACAAAUAUCGCAUCACAAGCACCGAAGUCGUCAAGUUCAACAGACUCCGUGUAUACCCAGUGGGGGUGGACAUUGAUCCAUUCAGACACUUGUUUGUGGUCAUGGCCAGCAGUAUUGAUGCACCCCUGAUCUUACCAAUGGAGGAGCUUACAGCGCCAUUUGGGGAAGAAACUGCCCAUCAUGAUGGGCUUGAUCUUGCGCUUGAAGGUCAUGUUGAUAAGUGGCUGGCCUCGGGCCCUGGAAGCGCCAUCACCCUCCUACGAACGCGCGAGAAGAAGGUGGAUUAUGAGAUCCUCACGAUCCGUGACACUCCUACCCUGUGUUGUAUUCCUAAGGUGUGUUUUGCCGGAAGGGAUAAGGUUUUGAUCUACACCGGGGUUCAGCAGUACCUUUUUGACUUUGCGUUCCGGAACCAUCGUCGUUAUACUAUGCGCAGUAAGCCUGGUCGUAUAAAGGAACUGGGUGGAAUAGGAGAGCUUGAAAACGGUCGAGGACGCCUAAAAUCAAGAUAUGCUUACGACGCUUAG